AUGGACUAAUUAAAUUUUCACAAAAAAAUAAUAUUAAACAUUUAAGUGGACCACGUACGUGAAAUAAUAAAAGCAAUAUUACAACCAAAUGCAUUAAAACCAUUUUGUGUAUUAUUUUUUUAUUUUUUAAUUUAUCAAUGGUCUGGUACAAAUGCAUUGACAUUUUAUGCUGUACAAAUAUUUAAUAAAUCAGGUGUUACAAUAAAUAGUUAUUUGAUAACUGUUGUACUUGGUGUUGUUAGACUUCUAUCAACAAUAAUGGCAUGUGUACUUUGUCGUAAAUGUGGAAGAAGACCAUUGACAAUGAUAUCAUCAAUUGGAUGUGGUAUAUCAAUGAUUGGAUUCAGUGGAUAUUUGUGGUAUUAUCAAUAUUGGAAAUUAAAUAAUAUUGAGCCAUCAUUUACUUGGAUGCCAGUGUUAUUUAUAUUUUCUUAUACUAUUGCUUGUACAAUUGGAUUUUUAGUUAUACCUUGGGUCAUGAUUGGUGAAGUUUAUCCAGUUCAAGUUAGGGGAAUCAUGGGAGGAUUAACAACUUUUUCAGCACAUUCAUUUGUCUUUAGUGUUGUUAAAAGUUUUCCAUUUUUAAUUGAUACAAUUACUAUGCAUGGCACAUUUUUAAUGUUUGGAUGUAUAUCGCUAUUUGGAACAAUAUAUUUUUAUACAUUUUUACCGGAGACUAAAAAUAAAACACUCCAAGAAAUUGAAGAUUAUUUUUCCGGUAGAAAUUCAAGUUUAAAAACAGGAAGUUUAAAAUUUCGUAAAACAAUUAUUCAUGAUGAUGAUGAUAAACAAAAUCAAGAAGAAGAAAUAACAAAAACAUAAAAUUUAUAUCAAUAAUUUUUAAAUCAUAAUAAUGAAUUAUUUUACUUUUUUUUUGUUGUUGAAUGUUUAUAAAAAAUAAUUAAUUAUUAAGUGUUUAAUUUUAAAUACAAAAUUUUUUUUAAAUAAAAAUAUUUUAGAUCUCGUAAAAGUAUUUUAAUAAAUUGAAAAAAUAAAAAAAAAAUGAUUAUUGUAAAUAAAUUAAUUUAACGCGCAAAAAUUACUUAUUUUUUUAAACAAAAGAAAGAUAAAUAAUUAUAAGAAAUAUGAUAAAUUUAAUAAAAAUUAUAAAUUAUAGAAAAAUAAAGAUGAGAAUUUUGUGAAUUUGAUAAAAAUAUAAACUUAUAUCUUUUAUUUUUAUUAACAAAA